AUGUUUUAUUUAGUAAUUGUUUUUGUAGACCUGGAUCAUACUAAUAUCAUAUUUCUGUUUUUUCUUCUUAGGGCUGAAAAAAAGAUAAAACAUUGUCGUAUAAAAAUGGAGGGUCGUUUAUAUACAAUUGGGUCUUGCCAGUUUGAAAGUUUGGUGGAAUUAAUCAGUUAUUAUGAAAGGCAUCCCCUCUAUAAGAAAAUUAAACUUUGGUGUCCUGUUAGUGAAGAUAUAGUGCAUAGAAUGGGUUUGGAUGCCGAUGACAGCUCAGUGCUGGGAACUCCCGGAUACAUGGACCCUAGUAGUUUCACAUCUAAGAUUACUGUGAAAGCGUUGUAUGAUUAUCAGGCAAGACAAGAUGAUGAAUUAUCAUUUUGCAAACAUGCAAUAAUUACUAAUGUUAGCAAACAAGAUGGAGGUUGGUGGAAAGGUGAUUAUGGAGGCAAAAGGCAGCAGUGGUUUCCAUCCAAUUAUGUUGAAGAAAUUGAGCCUCAGCAAGAAAGAGAUGACAGUUCUUCAGAUUCAAUGUUGUUGGGCAAUCUACAGAAAGGAAGCUUAGACGUAAUGGGAGCAGUUGUUGAAGUUGCUCAAGGUGUUGGACAAGGCCUUAAUUGGAUUUUAAGAAUUCAGAAUCCAAACAUGUGCACUGCUUUCGAAGUAGCUAUACCAUCUCAAGAGCAAGCUAUGGAGUGGAUGUCAGCCAUUAAAGAGACUGCCCAAAGUGCAAGUGCUAGGGAAAGUCAAAAUAAAGAAAUGGAGAGAGCUUGGCGGGUUGCUAAGGAGAUGUCUAACUUAAUUAUAUACUGUAGGAGUGUUGCGUUCAAUAUCGAUAGGUUAAAACAAAGAGGAUUUGUUUAUCCUGAAAUGUCUUCUUUUCCCGAAACUAAAGCUGAGAAACUUAUUUGCCAAAAUGAAUCUCGAUUUUUCAUCAAAUAUCAUCAGUAUCAAUUCAGCAGAGUUUAUCCUAAAGGUCAAAGAAUAGAUUCAUCAAAUUACAAUCCGAUACCACUGUGGAAUACUGGUUGCCAGAUGGUUGCAUUAAAUUUUCAAACACCUGAUAAAGCAAUGCAGCUGAACCAGAGUAAAUUUCGUCUUAAUGGUGGAUGUGGUUAUGUGUUAAGGCCAGAAAUAAUGUUUCGUUCUGAUUUUGAUCCAAAUGAUCCCACUUGUCUGUCUGGCUCCGAAGGUUUGGCUGUGAGCUUAAGGAUUAUAGCAGCUAGGCACUUAAGCCGUGCUGGUAGAGGAACAGUUAGCCCUUUUGUUGAAGUUGAAACUCUUGGAGCUGAAUAUGAUACUGGCCACAAAUUAACAACAAAAACUGUGUCUGAUAAUGGAUUGAACCCAGUUUGGAAUGAAUCUUGUGAAUUUGAUAUUUUGAAUCCCUCUCUGGUCAUGCUUAGAUUUACUGUACAGGAUGAAGAUGUAUUUGGUGAUUCAAAUUUCAUUGGUCAAGCAACAUAUCCAAUAAUUGGACUUAGAACAGGAUAUCGAAGUGUGCCACUAAAAAAUGGUUUCUCUGAAGACCAUGAAAUAUCAACAUUGUUAGUUCAUUUGUCUUUAAAGCCUUUGAUUUCUGCUCCGUUUCAAAGAGAACAUAGGAGUAUCAUGCCUAGCUGCAAUUCUAGUUCACAGUUUUCAAAUCCUCUCGACCUAGCAGAAACUUGA